CUAAACCGAGAAGCAGGAAAUGCGCUAGGCUCUUUAUGUCGAAAAACAGCUGGGCUCCCUGGGACACGGAGCGCCAUGGGAAACCGGCUCUGCUGUGGGGCAAGUUGGAGCAGCCCAUCAACUUUCCAGAACAAAAACAAAACAGGGAGCCAAGCAAGAUUCACACCGAAGCGACAGCAGCGACAGCCACCGCAGAAUAGCACAAAGGGCCAUAGAUUCACAGGACAUACGUAUGAGCAGGCUUUACAGCAGUCUGUCUCCCCAAAGAGGAGUCGAGACCUCACAUCGGAAGAGAGCGACUUACAUUAUGCAGACAUUCAAGUGUGCAGCCGUACCCAGCCACGUUCUGCCAGCGAGGUGAAACACCUGCAGUUAGAAAAUGCUACAGAGUAUGCCACGCUUUACUUCCCCCAGGCCUCACCACGCUAUGACAGCAAGAAUGGGACUCUGGUGUGAGUCUUGCAGGGCAGGCACCAGUUUCCACUAUUUUCAUCACUACUCCUGCGCGGAGGCUCAACUGCUUUGGGGAAUUUGGUGGCAGCCCAGGGAUGUUACGCUUAAAGAACUCAAGGGCACUUGGAAUUGCCUGUGUCCUUAUUCUGUCCCCUAGGCCUCUUAUUUGCCACUGUUAUCUUGGAGUGGUGGCUGGGUUAGCUAUGUGUGGACGGAGUUCCACAAAACGAUGCUAGGUGGAGUGUUCUAGAAGGUAGGUCUCUGACCCCUAACAUCGCUCGGGCUAUCAAGUGCAGAAUGAACAGCUUGCCGUAUAUGCACCUGGGCUGACCGUCAGGCUCCAUGUAAUGGCAUCCCUUGCACACACCUGAAACUCCAGGGCUGAAGAGGAAGUACUCUAGAAAAGCAUCCUGAAAUUUUGCAACCACCUUCUGGCGGGGGCAGUUUCCUCAGUGGCUGAGUCAGGGGUCCCAGACCUAAGCGGACAAACGGGGGCAGGAUCUGAGGCACAGCGGCAGCCUUCUCCAACCACUGGCCACAAAGACUUUCAAAUCACCGAUACUAACAACGGAGCAGCCCGAAACUCCCGCAGGGGAGAUUUUUAGCUCUUGCCUGCCCAGGGUCGCUACCAUCAAUAAACGCGAAGAGAAACUG